CCAGUCAGAGCCAAGAUGGGGACACCGAGGGCUCAGUUGCAUGCCCUGCUCUUCAGUGGCGCAGCAGGAGAGCCCCGAAGUGGCCACAAGGCGGCGGUAGCGAGUCGUUUGGUUCUGCACCGCGGCCGGCCAGAGAGUCGCUGUUUGGUAUUAGUUUUCCUUCUCUUUGCUAUCAUUUCCCUUUUCCUGGAGAGCCGGACGCUGCGCGGCGGUAGCGAGUCAGUAUUUCACCCGGUGCAUCGCUCCCCCCCCUCCCCCAGUAACAAGAUGGCGGUGUCGGUGUUUCCCGGCGUGAGGCUCCUCUCCAUCGGCGACGCAAAUGGAGAAAUCCAGCGGCACUCGGAGCAGCAGCCGCUGAAACUGGAGGUGAAGUCCACGCAAGAGGCUGCGCUGAUCGCGCUCUCCAGCAGUGAGCAGGUCUGUGUGUUCAAGUGUUCGGUCUCUCGAGAGACGGAGUGCAGUCGGGUUGGUAAACAGUCCUUCAUCAUCACCCUGGGCUGCAACAGCGUCCUCCUCCAGUUCUCCUCCCCGAACGAUUUCUGCUCUUUUUACAACAUCCUGAAGAACUGCCGGGGCCACAGUGAGGAGCAGUCUGUGUUCACCGAGCGCACAGAGGAGUCCUCCGCAGUGCAGUACUUCCAGUUCUACGGCUACCUCUCUCAGCAGCAGAACAUGAUGCAGGACUACGUUCGGACCGGAACCUACCAGCGAGCCAUCCUGCAGAACCACAUAGACUUCAAGGACAAGGUGGUGCUCGAUGUCGGCUGUGGCUCGGGGAUCCUGUCCUUCUUCGCUGCUCAGGCCGGCGCUCGCAAGGUUUACGCGGUGGAGGCGAGCUCGAUGGCUCAGCAUGCUGAGCUCCUGGUGAAGAACAACAACCUGACGGAUCGCAUCCUGGUGAUCUCUGGGAAGGUGGAGGAGGUGAAUCUCCCGGAGCAGGUUGACAUGAUCAUCUCGGAGCCCAUGGGAUACAUGCUGUUCAACGAGAGGAUGCUGGAGAGCUACCUGCACGCCAAGAAGUUCCUCAAACCCAACGGUAACAUGUUCCCCACAAUCGGCGACGUUCACCUGGCUCCCUUCACAGACGAGCAGCUCUACAUGGAGCAAUUCACCAAGGCCAACUUCUGGUAUCAGCCCUCGUUCCACGGCGUGGACCUGUCUGCUCUGCGUGGCGCUGCUGUGGAUGAGUACUUCAGGCAGCCCAUCGUGGACACGUUUGAUAUCCGCAUCCUGAUGGCCAAAUCAGUGAAAUACACAGUCAACUUCCUGGAGGCAAAAGAGGAUGACCUGCACAGGAUAGAGAUCCCCUUCAAGUUCCACAUGAUGCACUCUGGACUGGUCCACGGACUGGCCUUCUGGUUCGACGUGGCUUUCAUCGGCUCAGUGGUGACAGUGUGGCUCUCCACGGCCCCCACAGAGCCCCUCACUCACUGGUACCAGGUCCGCUGUCUUCUCCAGUCCCCCCUCUUUGCCAAGGCAGGAGACACGCUGUCCGGAACGGCCCUGCUCCUCGCAAACAAGAGGCAGAGCUAUGACAUCAGCAUUGUAGCUCAGGUUGACCAGACUGGUUCUAAAUCCAGCAACUUGCUGGACCUGAAGAACCCCUUUUUUAGGUACACUGGCGCCACCCCCUCCCCCCCUCCCGGAUCCCACUACACCUCCCCCUCCGAAAACAUGUGGAACACAGGGGGGGGCUACGGCAUGAGCCAAGGGAUGCCUGGAGCCUAUGACCUCAGUGGUGUUAUUCCCAGUGGAUCAACAGUCGGCCACAACAACCUCAUCCCACUGGCGAACACAGGGAUUGUGAAUCACACACACUCCAGGAUGGGAUCCAUCAUGAGCACGGGAAUCAUGCAGGGUAACUCCAGCGGGCAGGCGGGCCCCAGCACCAGCGGGGGCCACUACCCCAUCAACAACCAGCAGUUCACCAUGGGGGGCCCCGCCAUCUCCAUGGCCUCCCCCCUGUCCAUCCCCAGCAACACGAUGCAUUAUGGGAGCUAAGACCUCACCUCCUGUCUCCUCUCCGACCUCUCAACGCCCUUCACCUCUGAACUGACAGCAACAGGAAACCCAAAGAGGCUGCUGCUUCCUGUCUCCGAUUCGGCCCCUCUCACGCAGCGGCCAGCCAGGGCACUGCUCUGAUUGGCUGUAGUCGGGGGAUGUCAUUGCUCUGCACGAUGUCAUCAGUGAGGUCAUCCUCUUUGAGUUUCUAGUUGUUUUUUUUAUUAUUUUUUUUUGUACUCGACUGUCCAGCUGUUUGUAAAGAGAUCACAGCGCUGUCAAUUUCACUGUUUCUAUCUGAAAGUAGAUUACAGUUAUACAAGAAAACACAACUACAUACAUACAUACAUACAUACAUACAUACAUACAUACAUACAUACAUACAUACAUACAUACAUACAUACAUACAUACAUACAUGUAAUGUAUAUGUAUCUCUAAGAAGGGAUUUUUUUCUUAUUAUUUUUCCAAUGCAUUUGAUAAUGUGCAGGAAAGUGAGCAGAACUAGUCUGGCAGUCGCGUUUGGUUUUCAUUGUUAGUUUGUAAGAUAGAAUGCUUUUUAGUAUCCAAUAAAAUAAAUAAAGCAGUUCUGUUGAGUUUCGCUGCUCGCCUUCCUGAUUUCAACACGGCCCUCCGCACACCAACUGCACGCGUGCAAAGCAAUGACAUCACUGCAAACGUGAACCAAUCAGGACCCUGACCUCGAUGCUGUGGGGCAGCUAGGAGAGGAUGUGGGACCCCUCUCCUCUCCUCUCCUCCCCUCUCUCCUCUCCACACACCCACACAGAGCCAGGACUUUACUGAACUGCAGCACCACCACUUCUCACCACAAGAGGGAGCCACAUUCAAACUCCAGAAGAACACAAACCCGCGCACGAGGGCGACCCGGUUCUGAUGAAAGAAAAGGACGGCCGGGACACUCUUUGUGCUUUAUGUUUUUUUUUUUUUUUAAAUGGGAAGUGAAUGCUUGAAUGUAACUGGUUGUUGGGUUUCCCAGUCUGUGCUGGUUUAUUAAUGGGGUAGGUAACGUGUCUGAACCGUGUGAUCAGAAUGUUUUUUCUUUUGGAUUUUCUUUGAUUCUUUGGCAGGGUCGGGGGUCAAUGUUAAUGAUACAUCUCUAACAGUAUUGCGCGGUGCAGAUCAUCCCAGCUCCCUUUUAAAAAGGGCUUGGUUUGUUUCGGGGCUCGUGUGUGUUUAUUAUACAGACCUGGGCGGGGCUGAUGGGAAAGUGGCCUUCAAGCCACACCCUCUUCUCGAUCGUUUCUGGGGUUCAAGCUGUGCCACUGAAAAACAAGACAACCUUUUAAAGGGGAAGUCAUUUUUAACCUCACUAUUAAAAUGUCUUGCACGUCCUUUCCUUUA